AUGUUGAAACAUAAGGAUGGGGAAUCUUUCAACUUUCCUAGUCAAGAAGGAUCAAUAGAUAAUGGAGACAACUUGUUGACAGCGUUGGUAUCUGGAUGUACAGCAGCGGCUGUUACAGCAACUUUAACCUACCCAUUCGACUUUAUCAAAACCCAACAACAAAUCAACAAUGAGGCGUAUAUGCGAAAAUGGAAUAUACCUGGUAAUUUUCCCAGUACCUUGGGCCAAAUGUACAAAGGUGGAAGUGCGUUGGUAUUAGGGUCGGUAAUCAAGAAUGGAACAAGAUUGAUAUCGUACAAUUGGGCCAGUAAGUUUAUGGCUAUUGACUCUCAUCACGGGCAAACAAACAAAACAACGGCACCAAGAAUAGUUGUAGCUGGAAUAAUGAGUGCUACUAUAGAGACCGCGUGGCUAGUUCCUUUUGAGAAUAUCAAAAUCACCAUGGUCCAAAAUCAGUCGUUGCAAAAUGAGUUGAGAAAAACAAAGGAUAUUGGCUAUGAUAUAACUGGAACCAAGCCAACCCACUCUCAUCAACAUCAGCAUCACAAACCUAAUAAACCCAUAUUUGCUAGACAAUACGUUUCUCCUAAUGCCUACUUUUCGGCGGAUAUUUUAGAUCAAAGGUUAAGACAAAAACAACGGUUUCCUCCUCGAAAGUCAGCAUCAUUGACUCAGAUUGAAUCCUUGAAAGCAUACUACAACCAGCAUCCUUCUUUGACGUUAUUUGGCACUGUUAAGGAAAUGUAUAGCCUAAAGGGAAUAAGAGCGUUCACUGCAGGUACUUUUGUAACAUAUACACGGCAAAUUGCAAUUUCCUGGGUUUGGUUCUCAUCAUAUACAGGUAUGCGCCAAUUGUUUAACCCUCAUCAGAACGAUAAUGCAUGGUUAGGUCAGAAAACUACGACUGUCCAGCUGCUUUUUUUGCAUGUGGUCUCUUCGCUCUCGGUGAUUGCUGUAACACAACCACUUGAUGUUGUUAAAACACAUAUGCAACUGAAAAAUGGGAAAGCUCUUUAUAGAGACUCGUUGACUACAGCAUACAAACUCUUCCUUCAUCAAGGACCCAUGGCAAUGUUCAAGGGAGCCUUGCCAAGGUUCCUUAAAAUUUUGGUCAGUGGUGGCAUGACUGCAACAGUAUAUUCGUACGUAGAGGAUGUCGUCAAUGCAGCUGGCGGUCAAAAGAUGUUUAGAGAUGAUUAA